UUUGAAAGAUCCUUCUAUGUUUGUGCAUACGGGAGGGGGUGGGAAGGGAAUACGCCCAAGUCAGCAGCAACAACAGCAGCAACAACAGCAACAACAGCAGCAGCAACACCAUCAUCAGACCCAUCAUCAUUCUGCUCACCAACAACAGCCACAACAGCAACAGCAGGUACAGUUGCAGGCAGGCUCGGUGCACUUAAGCCACCAAACAACUGCCAACCAAUCUUCAACGCAUUCCCACCCCCACCCGCAGCAACAACAACAACAGCAACAGCAGCAACAACAAACACAGCAAUUACAACACCAUCUACAUCAUCAACAACUGCCAUUAGCUUAUUUUCCUUAUCAAGUCCAUCAAGUGCAGGCUGCACCCCCCCCUAACGCACAGCAUCAACUACAAGGAAAUGCAAGCAAUGUGGCAACAGCUGCCGCACAUUUGGCCUCUACGCUAUCCUCGCAAGGUGCCAAUAACGGUAUGGGCUCAGGUGGGAAUAGCUCACAAGGACCGCACAGUAAUAACACAUCUGGGAGUAACAAUUCGAAUGCUGCUAACAUCACCACACGGCAGGCUAACACAAAUUCCAAUAUGCCACAUUUUGCGCCAGGAAGUACUCUCAUACAAACCCCCAUGCCACCGCCCAACACCAGUCAUACCGCAUUCAUGACGCCAACCUUUAUGCAAUUGCAGCAACAAUCGACUGCAGUAAUGGUUGCAGCUGCUCAAUAUAGUACAGUGGCGGCGGCAGCUGCGGCCGCCGCAGGAAAUCACGGUAAUCCUGGCACUGGUCAAGGCGCUACAGCCUUGUUUCCAACACCGCAACAAUCCCAACAAACGAAUAAUCAACAUCAUCAAACGGCAGCAUUACAUCACGCCCAACAGACGCUGCACUAUUUUCAUGCAAAUGCUGGUGCUACCGCACUUACACCAGCACAGUCACAUUUACAUCAUCAACAACAUCAAAUGAGAAGCAUUAUUCCGGCAGCUGUACAUCCGCGUCAGCAUGCGCCAGGUACAAUAUCAAUAUUUCCGCCAAAUUAUUUUGCAUUGCAAGCCACUGCAUUGGCACCCGCUCCUAGGACCUCGUUAUUAACAAAUGUGCAUCAGCAAACCGCAGCGCCAUCCGCAUCCGCUGUACAUGUCGCCCAUCAGCUGCCGAAUGCGACCGGUCGUGGUGCACCUGCCGGUCCCACCACCUACGUGUCGCCACCGUACUGCACGCCGCCCUUGCAGAUGGGUACUGCUGCUGGUUUACCGCCCCAACCCAGUUCAUUACUUGCUACAGCUACUUCAAUGACAGCCCCUAGUUUGCAGGGACCCUUUGGUCAUUUAGGUGGACCAAUAAGCGCUUCAACAUCAUCCACUUCGUUGAAUAUUGCUUCUGGUGCAGGCGGAAAUACCAGUUCCUCGAAUGCAGCUGGUGGCGAACACUUAGCAACAAAACAGCGAAAACAUGCCAUACCCAUAGUAAAUCCCAUAACCUUAGAGCCGCUUAAGUUCCCCGAACCACAAAAGAAAAACACUGCCGUUGAGGUGAGGUCACCCAUUAGCGUUACCUCGGACACGGGGGAACUAUCGCAUGGUCAAAAAACAACACAAACUAAAGAUAGCGAUCAAUCGACAAAUGGUAUAACGGAGGUUUCUCCCAACGCAACAUUAGUAGUGACAAAGGUGCCUAGCCAAGGGUCAAAAGAUAAAAUUGACCAACAAAUGCAAACUGAUGCGGUAAAAGAUAAAUCAGGAAGCAUAAGUUCAACCACGGAAACAACUGCGAAUGUUCAGGAUUUGAUAGAAGAAGGUUUAACUUUAAGCAAACCGCAGUCGGAAGAGAUUUCGCAAACAUCAGUGUGCGGUGGCGGAGAACAAGAUGAUACGGAUGCUGAUACCACAGAACUCGAGGAUUAUCCAGCGUCUACGUCACAAGCUUCUGGAGAAAAUGUAAUUAAACAAAAAGAAAUAAUGAACACAAUGGCAAUAAAUUACGAACAACUAGUAACAAGUAGUGACGAAUUGAGUGAAAAUCGUUUGGAAGGUCAUAGCUGCAAUAAAAAUGAUGAUGUCAAGCAACCUGUUGUCAGUGUUCCAGUAAAAGAUGACGUCGUAAUUGCAGCAGUUGACAUUGAUGCUGGUGAUCGUAAGCAAUCUAAGAAAAAAAAUUGUAACGCCGUUGAUGAGGUACAGGAAGAUAUAGCUGAACUUAAAAGCCAACAGAAUUCUACUUCUCCCACGAUGAUGUCAUCAACUGACUAUAAAAUUGCUAUUGAAGCCACAACAACAUCAACAACAAAUAAUAAACAUCCUAACGAUAGUCUGAAAACUACUAUUAACAACAGCAAACCGAACACUCAAGUUCGAUCUGAGGAGAAAUCUUCGAGUCAUUCCAAUGCAGCCACAACUAAUACCAAACAGAAAACCGGCGGCAACACGUCCUCGGCACUUGCCACAGCUCGUAAUAAGGAGGAGAAAACACAAAAGGCCGCUAACAAGUCCAAUGCGGUUAAUCCAAUAGCGUCUAACAAUUCGAAUCGGUCGAAUAAGCAUCACGCCACAGGAGGAAAUAAAUUAACAGAGUCAGCAAACAAUAGUAAUAACAGUAGUAGCGGUAAUUCGAAAUCUAAUCAAAAUUCUGGAACUUCUAAUAGUUUAGUCCUGAAUUUGAGCGGCGGCGGUAGUAACAACGGCAAUAAUAAUAAUAACAAUUUCAUAACGGUAGCGCGAAAGAAUAAAAAGGCUCCCAAACGCACCAAAGAAAAUCAAAAACAAUCGCAACAGCAACAGCACCGCAGUAGCAAUAACAAUUCCAAUCCUAAUAAUAAUAAUAAUAAUAAUAACAGCAACAACAACAACAGUGGAAACAAUAGUAAUAUUAAUAAUAAUAAUAGCUACAGUAAGGCUGCUCUCAAUACCGCUGGAAUUGUAAAUAUCGUACUGACUGAUAAUGUAACUAAUGCGUCUUUCACAAGCACCGCUAUUAGUGGUAAUAACAACAAUAACGAUAAUAACUCUGGCUUUAGUUUAAAAGAUUCAGCGACGAGCGCAACUUUAGUUAGCAGUUCCUCCAAACACCAGACACAACAGCGGGCGGCGACUGCUAGAGCCGCGGGUGGCGGCAGUGGCGGCCAAUCAAAAGAAACUGAUAUAAAAACCGAUACUGAAAAUUCAAAUCAACAGCGAAAACACACAAAAACACAAGAGAUUGUUGCGCAAUUCUUACAACCAUCCAUAUUAAGUGAAGGUAGCAGUGGCAGUGAAUUAAAUUCGAUUAAGCAAGAAGAGCAACAAUUGCAAUUUUUAAAUAGUUCCUCGUCGGCAUGUGAAGAUGAAGAGGAAAGAUUGCAAUUGCUGAAGCAACAGCAGCAAUUUCAGCAAGACCAGGACUACACUGAUAUUCGGUUUGGUGAUUUCAAAGAAUAUGAGAAACUUAUAGAUACCAGGCAAACGACGAGCACUGGAGUGACGAUGUUGAUUGGAAGUAAAGGUCAUAAGCAUAAAACGUCAGCUAAUAAUAAUGAUACCGUUGAUUCUACGGCUGGAAUGAAAAAUUAUCCCUUAACCCAUCACCGUUCGUCUAAGAGUCAAAAUGCACAUAGCCAUCACAGCCAUAGUGCGGUGACAGUGGCAUUGGAAUCACCAAAAGCCACCAUCAUUAAAUACAAUUUAGAAGAGUUGAAAGCAUUCGCUAAAGCCCCGGUGGCACGUAAGCCUCCUGUUUUGGAGUUGCACAAAAAUAAUGGGGGUAAUGAAUGCAUUAUGCAAUUAUUUGUAUCACGUCAACAACAUCAUCAUUUGUCACAUCACGGUGGUCAUAAUAUGGCUUCGAUCGGUCUGCAACAGCAACAACAGCAAUAUCAGCAAAUGAGCUUUAACGAAUCGAUAGAAUUCGUAGGGAACAAACGACGACAAGGUCGCAAGCACGAUCAUCAGAUGAUGCGAGUAAAUGCGACUGCCAUUUCGAAUGCUAAUGCCGGGGCCGGUGGCGUUAGCGCGGCAGCAGCAGCAGCAGGCAGCGGUAAUUUGGGUUUGCAAUAUCCACGAGAAAAGGAAAUUAUACGGGUCCACUUGUCACUCAACGAGGAAAUCAAAUUGUCAGAGUGCGAAAACGCCUGGCAACCAGAAACGCUGCGAAGCAAAUCCAACAAUUCCGUGGCUUUGGCACUAAAUCCCAUCAACGAAGACAUUGAUACAGUGCUUAAGAGAGUACGCGGCGUACUCAAUAAGUUAACACCCGAUAAUUUUGAGGUUUUACUCAAAACCAUGACGAACAUUUCGAUGAAUACCCAGGAGAAAAUGCAACAAGUUAUGUUACUGAUAUUUGAGAAAACCGUUAGCGAACCGAAUUUUGCCCCGACUUACGCAAAGUUUUGUAAAAUGCUCUUCCAAGAAAUAAAACACGACAGCAAGACGCUGUUUAAUAGUUCGCUCAUUAAACGCAUACAACACGAAUUUGAAACGAAUGUCAAUGAUGCCGAUGCGAAAAAAGUCAAAUUACAACCGUUAGUUGAUAAAAUGGAUGCGAGCAAUGAUGCUAAAGAAAAACUAGAAUUACAAGCUGAAAUUGAAGAUCAAGAGUAUCAGUUCCGACGGCGGGCCUGGGGUACGGUGCGUUUUAUCGGUGAAAUGUAUAAAUUACAAUCGUUGACAAGUGAUCGUGUUUUGUUGUGCAUCGAAUCCUUGCUAGAGCAUGGCUCGGAAGAAAAGCUGGAAUAUAUGUGUAAACUUUUAACUACUGUCGGCCACCUAUUGGAGGGGCCUGGUCCCGAUCAUUGCAAUAGCAAUGCGCGUAUGGAUAAAAUCUUCAUUAGAAUGCACGACAUUGUGAAUAAGUCGCGGGCUAAUGUCAAAGCAGCAAUAGCAGCAACGGCAGCUAGCAAUCAGACGAAAAUCAGUAGUCGUGUGCGUUUUAUGAUGCAAGAUGUUAUAGAUUUAAGAUCGCGAACUUGGGAUCAGCCACCGUCCCAUGGUAACCAGGGUGGCAGUUGCGGUAACAAUAGCAAUCAGCAACAGCAGCAGCAACAACAACACCGUCGCAGGCAAGACGAUAAGUUUAGCCACGGAUCUGGCAAUGCUAAUUAUGAGCGUGGCUCACGUGGUGGUGGUGGUUUAGGUUACGGUGGCGGUAACAAUUCCGGCAAUCAGCGGCAAUCUCGGUUAAUGAGCACGGAUAUGCGGGACUCUAGUGUUGGCGGAGCUGCGGGUGGCUCAGGCAGCGGUGGCAAUUACUUUAUGCAAAAACAACAAAAAUCUCAAUUUAUGACACAACAAGAACAAAGUAUCGAUCCGAAAAAAUUGAAUUUCUCACGCGGCGAUGAUACCAAUCAAACCAAUACCAAACUGGGGAACAGCUCUAUUUACAUUUGGCGUUCCCACGGAGUGCGUCAAGGUACUACAGUAUUAACUGGAACGAAUAUAGCCACACCUACUGCGACAUCGACAGGUUCGCAUACAAUGUCCCAACAUCAACAAUCGCAGCAACAACACCAACAACACAACUAUGGUGCCAGUAGUAGUUCAACGAGCUCUAACAACAGCAGUAAUAACAAUAGCUUUAAAAGACAAACCAAUCAGUAUCAAAGUCAGUCAUCAUCCUCCCCUGUCGCUAAAGAACGCGAAGAAAAAUUGUCCAAUUAUCAAACAUCGUCGUCUGGGUGUAUUGGUACCGGUUCAGAAGAUGAUGAAAAAUGUGACAACAAUCAGCAGCAGACUUUUAGCGCGAAAGAUAAUCAGAAAUUAUUGAAUCAUUUGCUCGAAGAGGUGAUGGGCUGCAGUAGUAUACAUAAUAAAGCUUGGCAUCAAGAAGUGCUUAAUACUUGGCGCUCAACAUCGAAGAGGCAACAAAUAUCAUUGAUGCAUUAUCUUUUAAUAGAUUAUUUGCAUUUGUCGGCCGUUAAAAAGGCUCAGCGUUCAGCAUGUGCUGCAGUUUUUUCCUACUUAUUGCGCACAAAAGCUUUAGAUCAGAAUGUAUUCGGACGAGCUUACGAGCAAUUUGCCGAUGAGUUUCCCGAUUUGUUAGUCGAUGUGCCGAAUGGCUGGUGUUAUGCAUUUGAAUUCUUGGGUCCCAUGCUGCAUGAACGAUUAAUCAGUUUUAAUGAUAUAUGGCAGCAACAGUGGCGCGACGAUCGUCAUUUUACAGAACGUUUCCUAAAGGCAUUAGUCAUACACUUUACCCGCGAAUUUGGAGCAAAUUAUUUAAGAGAUUUAUGGCACAAGGAAUUCAAACUCGAUCGAGGUCAAUUAUUCUUUAAUGAUCAACAACAAUGGCGGGAAUUUGUGAAAAAUAAUACUCUCGAAUUUAUAUACGAUUGCGGUCAUAAUCCUGCGCCUGAGAUGACUGCGUUAGGCACUAAAGCAGUCAAUACUAAUGCCUUAGUAGAGCAACAUGUUAAACGAAUAGAAUGUUUGCUAAAUGAUUGCAACGAUUGCGAUUUAGCAAUAGAUUAUAUUAACACCAAUGUAAAUAUAAAUAGCCAAUUCAUUAAAACACUAACACGUUUUCUGUGCUGUGAUUAUGCCACUGUGAUGACAUCGGCAAUACCGUCAUCUAAUUCUAGUACUAGUAGUAAUAAUAGCAAUAGCAGAAGACCAAAUAGCGAUGCGGGGCCGCAACUUAAUGUCGAACUAUUUCGUUACAAAUGCAUACCGUUGCUGAGACGAUGCGUAGAUGCUCAGGAAACGUUCGAGCUAUGCUGCCUGGAUGCGAUCAUCGAGUCCCUCAGAGAAUAUUAUGAUGCCCAAACAGCUGACGAUAUGAUUUGUAACGUGUUCGAUUUGCUUUAUCACGACGGUGAAAUAAUAUCCCGUGACACCUUUGAAAAAUGGUAUAAAACCCGACGUCAAAUAUCGCCCGGCGAUAGCACAACGAUGAUGAGCAGUGACCAACAAAAGUCUCAAUACAGUCAAGGUGCCGGCAGCAAUGCAGUAAAUAGAGAAAAUCUAACACCAUUAAGCGCUCAUUUGCAUGCCUAUAUACAAAAGUUACUUUAACUGAGGCGAAGACAGGCUUUCAAGCCAAUAUUAUCAUAGACUGCAAUUAAGUGUAGACAAGUAAUUUUUUUUUUUUUUGUUUUUUUUUUUUUGUUCUUUAUUUUAAUUGUUGUCUAACGCGACACAGUUCAACAACACGUGAAAUUACUUUUUGGGCUAAACAAACACAUUUGCAUUUGAAAAUCUAUAUAAAAACAAAAAGCAAAAUAAUAUAUAUAUAUAUAUAAAAAGAAAAAAAUAAAUAAAAAAAUUAAAAACAAGAACGCUAAAUAAGGCAGGAUCCUUAAGGACAUUUUUGUUCGGCUGUCGCCUAGUAUUAUUUUGUUUUGGAGAAAAACCAUUUAAAAAAAAUUCGAAUUUAUUGAAAUUAUUAGUUCUUUUAUUUAAUUUAAAGUAAAAAAAAAAAAAAAAAAAACAACCAACAGAAAAAGUAGAAGGAAAAACUAACAUUUUUAAAAUGUUAAAAAAAAAAAAUUAUAAAUUUUAAGUUAUUAUUUAAAAAAGGAAUAUAUCACACACUCAGAGAAAGUGUUUUAAACGUCUCUAUAUAUUUUAAAUUUAACUCUUAAGAGAUUCUGUCUUAUCGAAAACAUCAAAAUUAUUUCGAAAUUAACCUUUAAAAAAGAAAAAAAACACUUUAAAAACAAGUUCCUCGUAAAAGAAA